AUGACACAGGAAUUGCUCUUGUUCCAUUGUUCCUUUGAAGACUUCCAGGCUCAACCUACCCCGUUGGAGACCUCUUCCACCCCUCCUCACAGCUCCGUAGCCAUCACUCUUGAAGAGCCGCACCUUUGGGCCAAGUUUCACCAUGCAGGGACAGAGAUGAUUAUUACCAAAACUGGGCGACGAAUGUUUCCACAAUUCAAGAUCAAAGUUACUGGCUUGACCCCAUAUGCCAAGUAUCUCAUGCUGGUAGAUUUCAUGCCAAUGGACAACUUCAGGUACAAAUGGAACAAGGACCAGUGGGAGAUUGCAGGGAAAGCCGAGCCACAGCCCCCAUGCCGGACAUACGUCCACCCAGAAUCUCCUGCCCUGGGUAGCCACUGGAUGAAGGAGUCCGUUUCCUUCCAGAAACUCAAACUGACAAACAACACCUUGGACCAGCAGGGGCAUGUCAUCCUUCACUCCAUGCAUCGCUAUAAGCCGCGUUUCCACGUCAUGCAGGCAGACGGCCUCUUCAGCACUCGCUGCAGCAUCUUCCAUUCCUUCAGCUUCCCAGAGACCGUCUUCACCUCUGUGACUGCCUAUCAGAAUGAAAAGGUCACAAAACUGAAGAUCUACAACAAUCCAUUUGCCAAAGGCUUCAGAGAACAUGGGAAGAAUGUCCGUCGCCGGUAGGUCUGCUGACUCUUCUGAGAACCAGUCGGUUGACUGCAGUGGUGAGUGCCCAGAAAAACCUGAUGUGGGGCAGGGCCUUGCUUAAUGGGGGCAGCACUAGAGCGCCUCCCUCUUAGGGCGAGUGGUCUUUUGAAGGGCUUGCAGUGAGAUGGGGGGUUCUGGCCUAAGGGUGCCUAGGCCAGCCCCCCCCCCAUCUUGAGGUACUCCAGAGAGUCUGCCAACUGCUCCUCUUCUGCUUUUCCCCAGGGAAAAGAUCGGUCGGGGAAGAAGUCCAGCCCAAGUAGCCAAGAUGGCCCCCCAGCUUUCUGCAGAGGAAGGUAAUUUGGGUGCAGGAGGCAAAGUGGGGCCAAUCCAGGAACUUAAAACAUGAAUGCUGAACCUCUAUUCAGUUUAGAAAACACACUUCUGACAAAUUUGGCCAUUAAUUAUUUCUCAUUAGUUAGAAAUAGCUGUUCAAAUAUUUAAGUACACCCCUCCCCUUUAAGAAGCUUGUUGCUUAUUCCCUUAUAAAAUGGCCCAGAAUUGGGCUCACCUAUGGUAGGAGCCUGGUCAGGGCUGGUAGGCCAGGGAGAAGCCGGGCAGCCAGGAAUGGCCUUGGAGUGGAAAGGCCAUCCGGGGCUCUGUGGGGCUCCUGUGCCGCAAGGCAGGCACCAGGCUGUGACUCUGGCUCAGCUCUGCCUGGAAGCCAGAUUUGAGGGGGGGUCAGGGCGGUUGCAGGAGGGAAAGAGAAUCCCCUUGCCUUCCUUCAGAAGGGGACGAGCCCAUCCUUAAAGCCACCCCAGGAAGUGAAGGCUUAUUCCCCCCCGCUUUUUGGCUGUGGGGGUCCGGCAGGGGCUUUCAAAGAAGGCCAGAAGAGGCCGAGGGGGCAUCUCAUAGCCCCCUCAACCCCCACCCAUGCACCAGGACUUCCUCCUCACUCUUUCUAUGCUUCAGCAGGUGCCACCGAGGGGAGCCUCGCAGAGGGGAGGGCCAAGGAAAGCCUCGCCACUCCCGGGAGCAGCAGCCGGCCUGCUUGGCUUUCUUGUCACAGCGCCCCCUUGCCUGGCCCUGUGAAGAUCCUGUCCUGCGGGGCGUCGGGGGAGCAGCAAGGAGGCCCGCCCCCUGCCUCCUCUUCCUCGCAAGCCACCUUACCUGAAGAAGCCUCCAGGUUUCCUGUAAUUGGUGAGAUACCUCUGCCAGCCUCUUUCAAGGACUUGAGCACCUUCAAUGAAUUCUGGGCCAGGCCUCAUCAGCUGGACUUCCCCAUGGCUCCUGAGCACGAAAGCUUGGCUGCCACUCUGCCCCUUCCACUCUGGCAGGACAACGCUGAGGUGACUGGACAUGCUGAAGAGCCGGCUGGCAAACCCAGAUCCCAGGGGCUAAUGUAUGUGCCCUAUGUUCUGGAUCAAAGCUUUAGCCAGCAGGUGGUUCUCCCACCCAGUGAAUACAGGGCUAGAAGUUAUGCUGCCUUCUCUGCAGGGAGCCCAGCAUCUACCGCUGGGGGUAAGGCAGACUGCAGCCAAUGCUCACUGUUCCCUUAUGCAUGUUGGUGAGAAGGCACCUUUCCUCUGAGGGGUGCUGAAUAUGGGCAGGAGGCACCCCAAAUAUGCCUUCUGCAAAGGUGACAAGGCCUUAUUGCUAACAGGUAUCACCGGAGGAUUACUGGGUAAUCACUGGACAUUUGAACACUGUACACAAGAUUCCAUGUUUUGGGGGUGACUUGCCACUUACUUCAGGGCUGGAGGCAAAGGGCAACAGUCCUGUUGGGAAGUGGUGCCCCCGGGUUCACUCGGCAUCUGAGAAGACUCAAGUCUUUUUCCUGGCCACCUUUUUGAACACAAGAUUUGAGGUCCCAACAAAGUGUUGCUUUCCUUCAUGCACACAAUUUACCACCCGCAGGAAGCAACAUUUCAAGGUCUCCUAGAGCAUCACACAACAUUCUGGAAGGGGGUAACUAGUUUGUCAGUCUAUGAAGUGGCUGUUCCAUUGUUCUGGUCGGCACACCCUUCUCACCACCUUUCCAAUGUGAAGAGUAACAAAAUAGCUCCUCUCUUCCAAUGUUCUGUCCAGCUAUACUCUGAUGAUGGGAGUUCAUAAAAUACAUUUUAAAAUGUUCCACCUGCAUUUCUGUGGUACCUUGGGAUGAGCUCAGGACAAAAACUAAUUCAAUCCAUAUGUAAAUCAAAUUGCCUGGCUUUUGGGGGGGGGAGGUAGUGGAUUGGGUCCUCUGCCUUAGAGCCCUCUGCCCGUAAGGGAGAAGCGGCCAGCAGGGAGAGGUCUGCUGCUCAGGGCACUAAAACCCCUCGUAUUUUAUCUUUCACUCAGAGCCGAGUGACAGGUUUGCCAAGGAAAGAAAUGGGACAAGAAUUCUGCAAACAGGAUGCAUGUUUUAUUGAAAGUAAUACAAAUAGAGCACUCACUGAAUUCCUUUGCUCGAUGUGGGACCAGUAGUGAAAUAUAUUAAGAAAACAAAAAGGCACUAAUUUUAACACAUUUCAUGUGUUCUAAAAAUAUACUUAAUACUGUUAAUUUGUAGCAUAAAAUAAAAAGCCAUGACAAACCCUCAAAGUCCACAAAUCUCAGGAGACGGUCUCUGGUGAGCAAGAGCCUCGAUCCAUCUCAUUUGGCCCAAAGAAGUAGACUGGCAGUCUGCACUGAUGUGCGAGAAAGACCUUGGGGCAUGGGGAGGACAGGCAGCCCAGGGAAGGGUCACGGAAUAGAGGGCGGAGCAAGAGGCCCAGGAGGGACUAUUCCUAGUUUCUUGGGCUGCAAAGAUUGCAAGAUUGAUGUCAAUAGACCAGACAGGAACCAUGACCAAAUAACCUAAUUCUACCUUUGUGAUGGAAUGUGCACCUGGAGAAGCACAGCUUUGCCAGGGAAGUGGUUCAGAGUAGCCACACCUAGAAUCUCUCAGGAUAGAUAACCCAGUUGGAAGGGACCUUGGAGGUCUUCUAGUCCAGGGGUCCCCAAACCCUGGUUCGUGGACCGGUAUCGGGCCACAGCAUACAAGCAACCGGUCUGCACAAACAAACAAAGCCCCAUCUGCAAGAUGCAGGCAGCACACACAAUCACGCCCCCUCUGGUCCGCGGAAAAACCUCUCUCCAUGGAACCGGUCCCUGGCGCCCAAAAGGUUGGGGACUUCUGUUCUAGUGGGGGGCAUUCUGGAGACCUAUGGAGCUGAAUGCGAGACGCUGUCUGCCAUUGCGAACCAGAUAUACCGAGUAGGAAAUACCUGGAGGUGGGGGGAAAAUUCAAGCAUGCAGACCAGUUUACAGAGAUGGAAGUAAAACAAUCUUCAUUCUGUACAAUGCAAUGGCCAGACAGUCAGGUGCUUCGCCAAAGGAGAAAAACUGUCAGGCCAGUGACAAAUGCCACUUCACUAGAGCAGUUGGAAGUAAAAGGGGUCUUUCCAGUCGCCCCUUCACCAGGAAAAGGUAUUGCUAAAGUAGCAAUCCCGGAAGUAUGCUGACAGAAAAACAAAUACCAACUCAGUAAUUUCAGACUGGCUGAGCCUGUACUCUCUCCCCCCAAUGUGGGGCUGACAAGUCAGACCACUGGGGUAUUUUAGAUAUUCUUCCUGCGAGGGCUGUCAAUAUUCCCUUCACUCGGUAAGAGAACUUGGGAAUUUUCGUGCAGGUAGACCCACCCAAAAUGGUGGAUGCCUGUAGCACACCCAAAAUGGCGUCCGGAGAAAGAACGUCCUUAAAAUAACGUCCGUCAGUGAAAGACACGCGGUCAAAAUGGCGGCCGCGCUCCCUAAAGGAGGCUUCCCUGGAGGCAGGAGAUUAGGCAGUGAUGGUAACCAGAAAAAAACAAAUAUAGAUAAAUAACUAUUCAGAACUGGCCAGGGGGAAUCCCACAAGCAACCUGCAGAUUCGCUUUUCCUUGCAAGGCUUGAAAGCGUUGCUGCGCCGGCUCCCCCGAUCGACUCUGGCCGCGGAAAAACUCUCCGCCUCUCAGCUGAGCGGCCACCGGCCGCUGCUACCGCUCCAAGGCUCGCUCAAUAAAUGAAGGGAAUGCCUGAAUCAGCCGGUGGACCGAAAGCUCGAAGCUCAAGCCAAAUCGAGGCGGUAAAGAGAGCAGACUCGGAUCAAUCAGAAUGACUCGGCAGGAGGCCUGGAGCUCGCUGCCGAAAAGCCAGGCGCCGGCCGCCUCCCUAUUAUGCUAAUUUUGUCAAUUUGCUAGCGAUUUUAAUGUUGCCAAUUGAAAUCAGCCAAAUGAAUUCUAAUUGAAGUCUAAUCUAUUUUGAAACCUAAUCUGGCUAUGGAGCCUGAAAAUUUAUGUGCUGCCGAGCUCAAGACUAAGUCAAAACUGGAGUCACACCCAAAGAAGGGGUGUGGCCAAAGUUCUGACCUAGUCUGCUGAGCAGGAAGGCUGUAAUAACCCAUCCGGUGGAUUCUACAGCCAUCCUGCUGGAGAAUCAUAGCUUUAGUUUGGCAAGAUUCUGCCAUUAGAAGUAGACUAAUAAAGGACUGGAGUUGAUAGGAUUUCACUGUGUUGUCUUUGGAUUUGGGCCUAAUAACCUUUCUGUAAAGCUACGUUAACAGAAUCUUGCAAGUCUGAAAGUACAAAUAUUCCACUCUGUCCUUUACAGACUGAUAAAUUAGGGAGGGGGCCCUUCUGAACCUCUUGCUCCACCCACUAUGCAGCUGUGGAUUAUCUUGUCCCUAGGCAGCAUCUCACAUGCACCCCUUUCCCACAUAACUUUACACUGCCUAUUUCAGCUAGGCAUCCCCCAAAUCUUCCUGGAGGUCAGAGAGCCCCUCCCCCAACAUCUAACUGCCCAGAAUUCAAAUGAUGCUUUACUGACUUGAAAAGAUGUAUGAACUUCAGGCUACCUUUUCCUACCAUAGAAUGGCAACCAACAAUCACAUUCAGCUGGAGAUACCCCCCCCCCCAAAAAAAAUACUGACAGGGCAGCCAAACCUGUGUUCAGAUAUUCUCAUUCUACAGUAUUUCAUUUCCAAUUCCACACCCACACCCACCCAGCAAAGUAAAAUAAAAACACACAUGAAAUAUCAGAACAAAUGCUUUUCACUCCUUAAUAUGACAACCCUUAAGACCUUCCUUGAUCUCAGUCAGGACUUCCCUGAUGAGGGACAGCUUUUAGGACUUGCCUGCCAAUUGUGGCAAUGAAGAAAUGGAAGACCUUCCACAGUCAAUGGCCACAAUUUGAAGAUUUGCCCCUGCACACUCUUGCUCAAUUAGUGAACUAAUUUCUGAGUCACCUGACAAGGAUUCCAUUUCAAAGCUUUUAAUACCUUACAUGAAAAUGCACAGACUGAAAAAAUCCUCACAAUUAUGCAGAGACGCUGGUUUCCACAGGAAGGUCUCUGAACACACCAGUCAUAAGGAAACAGCAAGGACAGUUUAUCCUUUGUGACAUUCACAAUCAAGAGCACAUCCAACUUCUCUAGGUAGGAAAAAACAAAACAGAAAAAAGCAGUAAAGUAGCCAACAUUUGGAUGCCAUUGAAACGUACCAUCAAAUUAAUUUAGUAUGCUAUGUCUGAACUGCCUUUACCAGCUCUGAUCAAAGCUGUUCCAAGUCUACUUCAGAUGGGUGUGAAGGCCACUGACUGCCGCUUCUCUUCCUGUGGCCUUUGACAAUGGCUUGAGACUCACUUGCAUAGCUGUCUAUGAAACUCCAAACUCUGUUUACCAAGAAAGCAACUGAGGGUGGAGCUAACCAAAGAAAAAGGAAAGUGUUGGCUGUUCUACCAGUAGCCCAGCAGAAGCACAAUUAGCUCAAUUCCAGGUGUCUUUGCUCGCUCUGCAGCUCAUCAAGCCAAAACGUUUAUACACAGCUUAGAUAUUGCCCUGAAUUAGGCCAGCUGUAAGGCAGAAUUAUUGAACGGCAGACUGACA